AUGAAAAUGGUAUCUUCAGUGACCACAUUCUGCUGUUUAUUAUUAUUUUUGACCACAGAGUGCUACCACCAGAGACCAAAGCUUCAUCCAAAAGUUGAUGCCACAAUUCAAGGUUUGAAAGAAAAACUAAAGACCAGGGACUUCAAAGGACAAUGUCAGGGCAUCUGUAUGAAUGGCUCCCACUGUCACCAGUCCUGUGAAAAGCCCUUCCACGGAGAAAUAGGAUUCACGUGUAAUAACAGAAAGUGGCAAAAAGCCAUUGAAACAUGCACGAGUCUCACCUUCCAGACACUUUUUCAGAUGACGGAGACCUCUGAAAUUUCAUCAUCUCAGCCAAGUUUAAGUGGCGGCUCACGAUAUUCUUUAUAUCCCCCCUGGGGGCUCAUUUAUGAAGAACCCAUUGAAUCAGCAGCUCAAGGCAUCCGGGCAAAGUGUCCAGAUGAUUAUGCCUGCAUUAUCAAUGGUGUUAAGUCUUCAGAAGCUACAUCUGGAAAUAUUGCCUUCAUAGUUGAGUUGCUGAAAAACAUAUCCAUGCAACUGUCUGAAAAUGUCAACUGGAGGAAGAUGCAGAGUUUCACUACAGUGGCUAACCAUGUCCUCAACAGAUCAGUCGUUUCAAAUUGGGCCUUCAUUCCCCAGAGAAAUGCUAGUUCAGUUUUGCUACAGUCAGUGAAUUCAUUUGCCAAAAAUCUCAAUAUCAACGAUGAGCCUGAGAAUACUGUGGAUGAGCCCUUUAUUCAGACCAAAGGUGUUAGAAUCAGCCACAAAACCCAAGGGAAGAGUUUCAAUUUCUCUAUGAGAGUGACUGAGAAUGAUGAUGUACAGGGGAUGGUGUUCAUCCCCUGGAAAGAGCUACAGAAGCUCUCAGAUCCCUCCCCGGCCAUUAGUAUCGCUUUCCCAACCCUUGGGGCCAUUUUAGAAGAAGCUCAUUUGCAAAAUGAGAGCUUCCGCAGACAGGUGAACGGACUAGUUCUCUCAGUGAUCCUGCCAGAAAAACUGAAGCAAGUCUUGUUCACUUUUGAGAAAAUCAAUAAAUCCCCCAGUGCCAAAGCUCAGUGUGUAGCCUGGCACUCCUGGAAGAGGAAGUGGGUUGAGGAAGCCUGUGAAACGACAGUGGACGCAAAGGAUAAAGCCACUUGCCGCUGCAACUACACCAGUUUCCUGAUGUCCUUCUCCAUUCUGAUGUCCCCUAAGACCUUAGUCAAUAAAACCCUGGAUUACAUUACCUGCAUUGGCCUCAGCAUCUCCAUCUUAAGCCUUAUUCUGUGCCUGAUGAUUGAAAUCACAGUGUGGUCUCAGGUGACGGUGACAGAGAUCUCCUACAUGCGCCAUGUUUGUAUCGUGAACAUAGCCACCUCGCUCCUGAUCGCCAACGUGUGGUUCAUCGUCGCGUCUUUCUUUGAUGGCACAGCUUGGAGUUAUAGCUGGUGUGUAGCCGUGACGUUCUUUAAUCACUACUUCUACCUGUCCCUCUUCUUCUGGAUGCUCAUCAAAGCCCUCCUCAUCCUCUACGGAAUACUCAUCGUGUUCCGCCGCAUGAUGAAGUCUGCUAUGAUGGCCACAGCCUUUUCAGUUGGCUACGGGUGCCCUCUGAUCAUUGCCGCCAUUACAGUUGCUGUCACAGAACCCAAAAAAACUUAUGUGCGGACCCAGGCCUGCUGGCUCAACUGGGACAACUCUAGAGCUCUUCUUGCCUUUGUCAUCCCAGCCCUCUCCAUUGUGGCAGUGAAUCUGAUUGUGGUUUUUGUUGUGGCUAUCAACACUCGAAGGCCUUCUAUUGGAAGUCCCAAGUCUCAAGAUAUGGUGACUAUUAUGAGGAUCAGUAAGAAUGUGGCGAUUCUCACCCCAUUGCUGGGACUGACCUGGGGUUUUGGGAUAGCCACCCUAAUAGGAAGCAGCUCCUUGGUGUUCCACAUUAUCUUCUCCUUACUCAAUGCUUUUCAGGGGUUCUUCAUUUUGCUGUUUGGAACCAUUCUGGAUCAAAAGACAAGAGAAGCCUUGAAAGUAAGGAUGUCAUCUCUGAAGGGGAAGUCAAGGACAGAUGAGAAUUCAAAAUAUAAUCCUAACCAUGGAUCUAAAUUAGUGGCUCGUUCAGGAUGAAAAGUCUGCUUCCAGGGAAGAAAUAUUUAUAAAGAAGGUUGAAGAGAAAUCCGGG